AUGGAUGACUUGGAAAAAUAUUACGACAUGAUGCAUUCAAUAAAACAAGGAAAUACGCAAAAAGUAAGAGACAUAAUAGAGGAAUUUGGUUUAUCAUCCUGUUCAUUGUGGGAUGAUGGGUAUCAACUACUUACUGCUACCGUUGAAAAAAAUCAAGUAGAAAUAGUUGCAUAUUCAUUGCAGAAUAAUGCAAAAGUUAACAGCGAUCGUGAAGUCCUGCCACUUCUUCAGAUAGCCGCCAUGAACAACAACACGAAAAUUUUCAAAAUUCUUCUGGAACACGGCGCUAAAAUAAGUAAUAACAAUAUAUCACCAAUUAAGUUAGCAGUUGAGUACGACAAUAUUGAGAUCGUAAAACUUAUCGUUAAGCACAAAAAUUUUGGAAAAAAAUAUGAUCAGUCAUUACUGCAUACGGCUGUCAAGAAAAACAACUUUGAAAUGGUCUCAUUAUUAUUAGAAAUUGGUGCGGAUGUCAAUGAAUAUGAUGAAGACAGAUCAGCUCCAAUCCAUCACGCAGUAGAGGCCUGCAACAAUGAUAUUUUGCAAUUAUUGUUAGAUUAUGGAGCAGAUAUUAAUGCUAAAAAUAAAUAUGGAAAUACUCCACUUUGUUUGGUUCUAAUGGUUCCAAUGAGUUCGUAUAACGGAACUCAUUUAACGUCUACUAUCUUGAGAGAGUAUUUACGUCAUUUACCUGGCAAUCCAAUGAAUAAAAGUAAAUUGGAUAUUCUCCUAGAUAAUGAUGCAGACAUAAAUGGUCUUGAUAUUCGUAAAUAUAUUUCACGUAGUAACCGUGGUAGCACGCUUCAUCAUGUUGGUGGUGGUGUUAGUAGAGUUAUUACGAUUACUAAUAGUAGUAUUAUUCGUGGUGUUACUGCAGCUCUUGUUAAUGUUACUAGAGGUGUUGCUGGUAGUGUUAAUGGUAGUGAUGAAAACAGUAGUUCGGAAAAUAAAAAAUGCAUUAUUAAACAUAUUGUAAAGUUAAGAAGUCGAAAUACACCUCUAUCUAAUAACAAUAAUAUGUUAUUGUCUUCUCUUAUAAAACACAAACCGCUUGAUGAUUACAAAAAAAUAUGUGAGCAAGAACUGUCCAGAGCAAUGAUGGAAAAAAUACCAAACUCAGGGAUUUCAUUUUAUAAUAUUUUGAGCAAAAAUAGUGAUUUUUUAGCUGCAUAUGCAAAAAAUAUAAAUUAUCCUUCGUGUCUCGCACUUCGAGAUUACGAAGGUAGUAUCACUACUUCUAUGUCAUGGACCACAAGUUCAGAGCUAAAAAAUAUAACACUAGCGCCUUCCGGUAACCGUGGCGCUCCCUUACAACUGCUUACUCAUUCGUUUCUUUUGUGUCAGAGAGACCACACGUCAGUGCAAUUAGUGAAACAGUUUUAUAUAUUAUUUUUGCUACAAUUAGCUUAG